ACGGGUCUUCUUGAAUGCAGCCUUUAUUACAACCUCACUGCUGCUUCCUACACUGAAGGAAUACCAUGUUAAGUCAGGAGAUCUUCUUUCUUGCUUUAUUGUAAUCAGGGGAGGGCGGGGGUCUUGCAAUGACCCCAAUACUGUUAAAAAGCACUGUGCUUUUUAACAGUAAAGCUUCUGGAAAACCCAAACAAAAGACACGUCACCCGGUGACGUCAGCCUAUAUACAGUUCUGUGUGGUCGCAGCACAUAAGCAAAUCCAUUCUUGUGCCGUUUCUCGGAAAGGCUUUUCAGUAAAUGCACUCAUGCUGCUCCAGGAGCUCUUCUCUGCAACAAGCCGCCCAUCUGCCAUCAACAAGUUAAGACCAAGAGAACUAACGGCUGCGGAAAGAAGAGACUGAAGCUUUGAUGACCAGCAGCAGUUAGAGGAGGAGAAAAUUAAUAACUUAUACUGAAAACCUAUUUAGGAGAUCAGAGCAUCACAAAAAAUGAAACCAACGCUUUCCAGAGGAAUAUCCUAAGGAAAAAACAACUCACCCUGACGGAUUCAAUUUUACUGGGAAAUCUGGGGACACAGAACAGAAAACCGAUCAGAGGCUCCUGCAUGUUAGAGCCUUUUACAGACUCACUGCGUUGAGUCUGACCACCUCGACUGAAUGCAGCCUCCAACGUGCUCAGAAGAAUGGGCUUACAUUUCAAGUGGCCAUUAGGGGCCCCUAUGCUGGCAGCAAUAUAUGCAAUGAGUAUGGUUUUAAAAAUGCUGCCUGCCCUGGGUAUGGCGUGUCCACCCAAAUGCCGCUGCGAGAAGCUGCUAUUCUACUGCGACUCUCAGGGCUUCCACUCAGUGCCAAACGCCACAGACAAGGGCUCUCUGGGCCUGUCCCUGAGGCACAAUCACAUCACAGAGCUUGAAAGAGAUCAAUUUGUCAGCUUCAGUCAACUUACUUGGCUCCACUUAGAUCACAAUCAAAUUGCAACAGUAAAAGAAGAUGCUUUCCAAGGACUAUAUAAACUUAAGGAAUUAAUCUUAAGUUCCAACAAAAUAUUUUACUUGCCAAACACAACUUUUACCCAACUGAUUAACCUGCAAAAUUUGGACCUGUCUUUUAAUCAGCUGUCAUCUCUGCACCCAGAACUCUUCUAUGGCCUUCGGAAGCUGCAGACCUUGCAUUUACGUUCCAACUCCCUGCGGACUAUCCCAGUACGCCUGUUCUGGGACUGUCGUAGUCUGGAGUUUCUGGAUUUGAGCACAAACCGUUUGCGAAGUUUGGCUCGCAAUGGAUUUGCAGGAUUAAUCAAACUGAGAGAGCUUCACCUAGAGCACAACCAGCUGACGAAGAUUAAUUUUGCUCAUUUCCUCCGGCUAAGCAGUCUGCACACACUCUUCUUACAAUGGAACAAAAUUAGCAACUUGACAUGUGGGAUGGAAUGGACCUGGAGCACUUUAGAAAAGCUAGACCUGACUGGAAAUGAAAUCAAAGCCAUCGACUUGACAGUAUUUGAAACGAUGCCUAAUCUUAAAAUACUCCUCAUGGAUAACAACAAGUUAAAUAGUCUUGAUUCCAAGAUCUUGCACUCCCUGAAAUCCCUCACCACUGUUGGCCUCUCUGGCAAUCUGUGGGAAUGCAGCCCCAGAAUAUGUGCUCUUGCCUCCUGGCUGGGCAGUUUCCAAGGUCGGUGGGAACAUUCCAUCCUAUGUCACAGCCCUGACCACACCCAAGGAGAGGAUAUCCUAGAUGCAGUCCAUGGAUUUCAGCUCUGCUGGAACUUAUCAACCACUGUCACUCCCAUGGCUACAACUUACAGAGAUCCAACCACUGAAUAUACAAAAAGAAUAAGCUCAUCAAGUUACCAUCUCGGAGACAAAGAAAUCCCAACUACUGCAGGCAUAGCAGUUACUACAGAGGAACACUUUCCUGAACCAGACAAUGCCAUCUUUACUCAGCGGGUAAUUACAGGAACAAUGGCUUUAUUGUUUUCUUUCUUUUUUAUUAUUUUUAUAGUGUUCAUCUCCAGGAAGUGCUGCCCUCCUACUUUAAGAAGAAUUAGGCAGUGCUCAAUGAUUCAGAACCACAGGCAGCUCCGAUCCCAAACACGACUCCAUAUGUCAAACAUGUCAGACCAAGGACCGUAUAAUGAGUAUGAACCCACCCACGAAGGACCCUUCAUCAUCAUUAAUGGUUACGGACAGUGCAAGUGUCAGCAGCUGCCAUACAAAGAAUGUGAAGUAUAAUAUCUACCCGUCAUCAAAACUCACAUCAGAUAAGUAAUCUAUUUUACAUAGUAGGGGGCUAAAUACAUAUCUAAUUUUUACCAAUGGUGACAUUAAGCCUAAUUUUCCAAACCAAGUGGAGACUUAGUUUUUGAAGUGUUGAAGUAUUUUUAAUUUUUUAAUGAAACCAUAUUUUAAGUGUUUAAUGAAGCAUUGCUCACAUUAACUUGCACUCUUGUUGGAAAGUCUAAAAUGCUUCAAAAUAAGACAUGUCAUGUAUGUAAUUAUAUACUAUUGUGUGUAAACAUUUACACUAAGGUCUCCAUUUGCUAUUAUUUUCUAAUGAAAAUAGUCAGGAAAGAAGCUACUGAACAGAAACAGAUAUAGAUCAAUACCUGUUUGAUCAUUGCUCUCCAUCUCAUGUAACACACUGGCUUGCUGCGAAGUUCUCUUGUAUAAUAUGGUAUUUACUCAAAUCUAUAAUACUGCCAGUGUACGAAGCAGAAUUAUAUGUAUGCUAAAGACUGGUAAAUACUGAACAUUCUUCCUCCAGAAUUUUUGCCUGAUUUAGUAGACAUUAUCAAAGUCCACAUCAUGAAAUCAGCAGUCUUUAUAUAACGCUAAUAAGUUGAGAGACUAUUUAAUAUAUUUAAACAAUGAUCCAAGUGAUUGUAAAAAAAAAAGUCUCAUUACCAUGAAAUCAAUACUAAAUAAUUACACUAACUUCUUCUCAUACACCUCUAAUUUGACACAUAAUGGAAAUGUUGCCUUGUGGCAUUUAUACUAUUUUAAACUAGUAUUAAAUUACCAUUUUACUAAUUAAUUUACUAACUCCUAUAUUUACACUUAUAUGUGGAAAAAAUUAGAACUUAUUUGGGAGAGAAAAGAGAUAAACUGAGCCAGUUUAACAAUACUGACAUCUUCCUUUCAGUUUGCAAACUCUCUCUCCUCCUUCCCAGCCUCUGUCAUGAUCCAUCAAAGGCUGCCUUGACAAAGGGGUUAAACCACUUUCUUCUGCCUUUUUCUGAUUUUUAAGUCUUUAAAGAGCCAAAUUAAAAAUAAUUGGCUAGCAACAGGCACAAUCUUGAUUAUUGUUAUAAUAUAAAGGAACCAUGAAAAAAUCAUUUUCUAAAUGUUAUAUGCUAAAUUUUGACCUUUCAAUAAGGAUACCCAUCCUCAUUGUGUGGUUCUUUCUAAGAGACAGAAAGAACGUAUCACUGAAGUGAAUCUUAUGUAGAACAUUCAACAUGCCUAUUUAGCUACACAGCAGUAAAUGGAAGGCAGCACGAAGGUAAGAGGAUGAAGACCAGAGAAAGAUUUUUGAAACCUCGCUCUGGUUAGCUGAAGUUAUUAAGCAGCGAAGAAUGAUCAGACACAAUCUGCACAGACAGGGCAAAGCUCUGGGACCUGUGCUGAAACGGGAAGAGGGGGAGGUUCUCCAGUGUAAAUAGAAACAUCCCAUAAUAAUAAGUGGUGACAAUGCCACAUUUUCAUGCAGAAAAGAACCAUAAGUAUCAAUUUCUUCUAUGAUUUUUAUGGGAAAACUAUGACAUAUUUGGGACUUGUAUGUAAGUUAUCAAUUCAUACAAUUUUUCUACUAAGAAGGUUCUGUGUAUGUGAAAAACUAAAAUUAGAGCACUAACUUGAUUUCAAGGGAAAAAAAAAUGGACAUUUUUGCAACUGUCAUUGUAUGUGAAAAGGCAUAAAUCCUCAGAGGAGAGAAGAAGGGAGGAAAGAGAGACAGAGAGAGAGAGAAUCUUUUCCUUAACCUGUAUGUAAAUGUUCUAUCCUUCAUUCAAGGCAUAUUUUCUUUCCCAAGAUUAAAUUGAAAACAUAUUAUGACUAUAGUUUAGCCCAUAAGAUUUAAUUAUGAGUUUCAUAAUACUGCAAAGAGUAUGUAUAUUUCAAAAAUAAUGUGUCUCAGUACCGUGAAAAUAUGCUCUACAUUUUUUAAUGUAGGUAGAUUAGUUUGGCAAAGCCUCAGCCCAGUUCAAUUUGCUUGAUCUUAGGUGGUGCCAUUUCAUCUCCUGUUACAGCAGACUUUUUGGGCUUGCCUGAGCAGAGGCAGAUUUUCUGGCAUGGAGUGCAUGCAGUGCAAUACUUCCCCACAGAGGGACAGGAUCAGAAGCCCCUAUUACAAAUGAGAGCUCCAUGGGCUAAAAUUUACCAACCCAUUUAUCAGGGUGGCCACAGCCAUUUGUCAGGUGAGAAAGAACUGGUUCACAAUACAACUUUGAGCACACAAGGUUCCAUCAGCCCUGAACAAUAGCAGAGGAGUGUUCUCAUCAUUUCAAACCACACCAAAAUUUUUUUAAAAUUUUGAGUAGAAGGGUAAGAAAUAUAAAAUGGGAAUCCCUACAGUAGUCCUAAAGGACACAGUUAGUAAAAUGGACCAUUAAUUGGCAAAAUCCUUAAUGUAUGUGGAAAAGCAAGCCAUUUAGUAAUUCAGAGGGAAGAGCACUGUCAAGGGCACAGAGGCAUACUUUUCAGUUGAAAAAUAACUGAUUUUUGUUGCCCUCUACAUUUUUCGUAAUGCCCUCUGAGAAAAGUGAAUGACAAUGGCAAACAGGUAUUUUCCUUUCUCAUUUAAAGCACAAACUACCUUUUUAACUGCCUCUAGAAGGCAGAGUUCCAUCUAAUUGUUGCCUAUUUGUAUUUCAGUAUUAGCACAGGUUUUAAAAUGAGAUGCUAGUCAUCUGUGCUCUCUUUACCAGGGUGGAGAACUGGCCAGGGUGGAGAAGCAUCACAGAGCACUGCAGAUUCUGGUUACCACAGCAGGGUUGUUAGUUUUUUGGUGGGGUUUUAUCCUCUUUUGUCAUCACCAUCCCCGUUUUCAAGGUUAGAGGAAAAUGACUAUCAAGAAGCAGAGAAACAACCACUUUCUUGGGAACACGGAAGGCUAAAGAAGGCUAUGAUAACUGUAUCUACCUAGGAACCAAGAAAUAGAAAAUAGUUUGCAGUUGUUUCUACUCAUUUCUGUAGCUUGUCAGGGAUUUCUCACCUUUCUGGAAAGAGAGUGGGCUUGUAAAUUUGCAAAUCCACAAACAAUUCUGACUUACUACCAGCAUCAAAAAGCAAAGAUACUAAUUUUUAAGCCAAAAAUCUGUACUAACACAUGUAAUUUCUUAAUGUGCCUUAGUUAAUUUCUGCACCAAUUCAAUGAAUGGGAUUGACUGAACUUCCCAACUCCACUAAUUAUUAAAAUCCAUCUGCUUAUUCUAAUGCUAGUCACCAAGAGCUAGACUCCAUCUUCCCAAUAAAAAUGAGCCCUAUGCAGCAGUAGGUCUAGAUCCCCAAACACAGAACAUAAGUAUCAUUUUCUUAAAGCAUACUUCCUACACACAGCUAUCAGGGGAAAAUAGCUAUAAAUUCUCAUUUCUUCUCUCUUCCUCUCUCUCUGAAGUAUAAAUAGUAAAAAAAAAAUUCUUCUUUAAAGAAUAUUUGUAACAGCUGACUUACAUGAUCAUGUUCCUAAUACAGCAAUACAGUGACAGACCUAUCUGGAAAAUCUGUUUUGGGACACACUUUUCAUAUCCCAUUGGCUAAAGUGCUUGAGCCAGAAAAAGUGAAAGACAAAGAAGGCCAUCCAUGCACAAUUAAUAAUUUUUCUCUAAUCUUGGGCAAAUUCAUAAUAUUUGAAUAAGGCCAAAAACAAACAGAAAAUGAUUCCUUAAGCUUUCAUUCUGCUACUGCAAACAUCUGGAAACCUCUGCAACUCCUUCAACUAACAUUUUUUUCCUAGAUUUUUUAAAAAAGCCUAAUAUAUGGAAUGUUUGGUGAAUUUAUCAACACUGAGACUUGAAACUCCAAGUACAGUCCAAACACAUUGUGUUCAAUCACCUUCAAGAGCCAUGGGGGGGGGGCAGAUGGGUUAGGGUGGGAAGAAAAUACUGUUAAAGGGACAUCAUGGGGGGUAACAGUAAGUACGGUGUACAGGAAGUUUUGCUAUUAAAACUGUGUGUACUGUAAAAA